AUGCCGGUCCCCUUGAACCUCGAUUACAUCCCAGUGCCGUGGGAGCAAACGCCGAGCUAUGAUCUGAGCCAGCUUCCUGACCCUCCCGAUGAUUAUCUCUUUAUUGGGCGAAGUGUCGAUGCGAUGUGCAAAACACGGGAUCUCUCAAUCAAGGAACUUAGGAACCUUGCUAAAAUCUGGCUAUGGGGGUUUGACUAUGGUCCCGAUAGAAGGAUCCCCAUUUUGAAAGGCCUUGCCAAGGUCAACUUUUGGAUGAGACCGGAAUAUCAAUUACACAGAGUCGAGGAUUUGACCGACAUACGACGAGACAGUGGUCCUCGGCUCCUGGGGUACACAAUUACACCUACACCCUUGCCAGUCAGCCGCCAUUACCCUGCUCUUUUAUCAGAGGAUGAGAUGCGGCAGCUUGGAGCGGAAAAUUAUCGCCGCCCAGCAGAUGCCCCCUCGCAUGUGCCAGACCAUCACAUAUUUCAAUUUCUAUUGCCUCCAAAUCCGCCCCCCGGAGCUAUUCCAGAUGCUGCUCAGACUGGUGGAGAUCAAGUGGCACCAGGGCCAAGUGUACCAACAGCACCAGGUGUCCCGUCGUCGCAGAAACAGUCAAGUUAUUCACCCGGUUUCAACCCCAAUCCCAUCCGAGAGGCAAUUGAAAAGGUCAUGGUCAAGUUUUGCUACAAAGACCUGGAGAGGCACCCCCAUGCACCGAGCAAGGAGCCUGUGGCUACCCGAACCGCUACCUCUCGCAGUGAUCUGGGUAUUGUGCAAGUUGGUACCCACACCACAGUUUCGGAAUUGCGAUUGAAUCCGGUAACGUUCGAGUUUGACCCGAACGGGCUAUUGUUUCCAUAUCGUGGUCGUGGUCCCGUUUGGGCCGAUGGGUCGUGUUCCAUAGAUACGACCAUCGUGAUCGGCAUCUUGACCAUGGCCGGUUGUACCAACAUUGACCGAAAUGAGGGCAGAGAAGGACAGUUCAGCGAAAUUGAAAGGGCCUUCAUCCAAGUGACAAACAUGAAUUGGGACGCCUUUGACGAUAAAGUGUCGAUUGAACUUCGCCAUGCCUAUUACAAUCUGCUCUGUGACCAUGUUCCCGACAUCAAACGCGGCGAGCUCGUUCCGAUUUGGGCAACUUGGGCUGAAUCGACCAGAAGCUUUGCGCAAUUUCACAUCCACUACACCGAGACGGCGGCAGAUCCAUGCAUGCAUUGUGGAUAUCUGGAGGAGGGAGAAUUGCGACGGCUGGGAGAAGGCCUGGUUCCAUACCCGGUGCCUGGCGAUGAAACUGGUGUUAAGAUGUCGAAAUUAUGGGAGCGGGCUUGGCAUCCAAACCCUGUUUCUUACAGCUGUGCUAAAUGCGGUGCUCCAGAUGGACCACGACGACACAGAAUCGUGACUCAGCUUCCUUCUCGCUUAUGUUUCAGCACACCUGAGAAUUCCAAAGUUCUGAACCAUACCGAGAACCAGGUACUCACGUACAAGGACAUCAACGGAAAUAUACAGACAGCGCUUUAUCGUUGGCUCGGUGGAGCUUAUUAUUCUCCGAAUCAUGUUCGGGUCUACUGGAAUGACAGCGAAAGAGGCGAGUUUGACCUUGGUAACCUCCGCCGAUACGACGGUGAACACGCAGGAGGAGUCAUCAUCGGUAAUGUUGCGCCUCACGCACUCGAUGACCGCGUGCCACCGGACUGGACUGCCCGUGGUCUUCCUCUGGUAAUCUACGAGCGGAUCAUCGACCCAACCCCGGACAUGUUGCAUGCGGCAUUGGAGGCUAUCAACGAUAUGUGCGACUGCGUCGUGGAUGGCAAGUCUUUCCUGAUUCAGCACUAUCCUUGGUUCCCAGAGGCACUGGAGCGCAGGUCGCCUUUCCUACCCCUGGAGCGUAUCUUACCAGUCACCGGCGAGCGGUACUAUGAGAAGACCCUCACUCCACAGCCUGACGUGCAACAGAAACCCACGGACCCGAACCAAAUCGUCGCCGAUCAGAUCGCCGAAUGGCAGAUGCAAGGGACAUCAUUCGACUUCGCCGACAAUCCGGACGACACACCCAUGACCCUGGACCCAGGCGCCCUCCAGCGCUUGCAAACCGGCGAAAAUCUGUUCAGCUCGCUCAAUGAAGGCCCUGACAACCUCAUCAAUCACCCCGAAAUGUGGCCUGAGGCUGGCCUCCCUCAAGAGGGCGGUGCAUCGAACUUCCCCAAUCUCCCUAAGACUCCGGUGAUACCCGGCGCGCCGCGAAGCCCGUAUUGGAAUUGGGUCAACUUGUCCCCCAAGAACAGAUCUGGCGCCAAUGCGCUCAAGGCGAAGGGCGAGAAAGAGGAGGAAAUGGUGACGGUCGUGAAUAUUCGUGAUGACUACCUCACGGGCCCAUCGCCCUACCGGCUGUGCAAGGUUCCUGUCACGUCUAUCCGGGCUGCGAUGCGGCGACUUAGUGAGAAGCAGAGUCAGAGCCCGCCGAAGAAGCGGAAGUCACGAUUGGAAGAAAUCAAGGAUGAUGAAGCUCCGCGCAUGAGGCGGACCAGACAGAAGGCUGCGAAGUGA